AACACCGGAUAGGCUACAAAUCCGGAAACUUAACGUCCUCAAACUGUCUGCCUGUGUUUGAGGAAAAAUAUGACAUUUUCCAAUGCAUUAUUCUAAAAAGACUUGUUAUUUAGAGCAGACAGCUGAGCUUCGUGGACACUGGGCUGUUACUGUGCAGCAAGAGGUUAACUUUGAAGUUUUCAGGCGGUGGUUGUGAGUUGGGACACCCGUCAUCCUUUUGUUUACCGUCAUUUUAUUCGUACAUUUGUCAGCUGGCCGCAGUUCAAUAUGGACAGUGAGACGGACGGCGGGCCCGAGAGGAGGCGCAGGGUGCACGGCAUGUUGAAGCUCUACUACGGGCUAAACGAAGAAGGAAAGGCCCCGGAGCAGCCGGAGUCCCUGGAUCCCUGCGAUAUCAAUGGGCCGCAUUUUGAACCGGAGCUCUACCUCAACAAGCUUAGAAGAGAGUGCUCUCUUGCAGAGUUGAUGGAUCAGGAGACCUGCAUGGUCAAGCAGAUCCGUUCUUUGGACAGUGACAUGCAGACGCUGGUGUAUGAAAACUACAACAAGUUCAUAUCUGCUACAGACACCAUAAGAAAGAUGAAGAACGAUUUCAAAAAGAUGGAGGAUGAAAUGGAUUGCCUGUCUGCUAACAUGGCGGCAAUCACUGAGUUCAGUGCUAGUAUCAGCGGUACUCUUCAAGACCAGCACACACAGAUUACAAAACUCUCAGGGGUUCACACACUGUUAAGGAAGCUGCAGUUUCUGUUUGAGCUGCCUGCAAGAUUGAAUAAGUGUCUGGAGCUGCAGGCCUAUGCUCAGGCGGUGAGCUCCCACCGCCGUGCCCGCUGUGUGCUGCAGCAGUACAGUCACCUGCCCUCCUUCAAGGGAAUUCAGGAUGACUGUCACGCCAUCAUGGACAAGCUGGCCCAGGAGCUUCGACAGAAGUUCAGGGAUGGUGGGUCAAGCUCCAAAGAUUUAUCAGAGUGUGUAGAGCUGCUGCUACAGCUGGAUGAGCCAGCGGAAGAGCUCUGUGAUAAGUUCCUGAGCCAUGCGCGAUCUCGGCUUGAGUUGGACCUCCAGGGCCUGGAAGCAGAGAUAAGACCGUACCCAUCUGCUCCAGCCGUGAAAGAUGCUUCUGCACACAGGCCGUCUACUACAUCUACUGCAGCUGCUGGAACUCCGACUGAUAAUUCUCCUAAAACAAGCACUCUACUGUCUCCCACCUCAAACACUGACAUCCUGGAAUUCAUUGACAGAGGCUGCAAUGAAUUUGUCAGCAGCUUAUGUUUAGUCAUUGCAUCUUACCAAGAGCUUUUUAUCAACCAUGCUCAGACAGGCGAGCUAGCAUCCAAAAACAUUCCUCAGAUGGCAACUGGCAAGCUGCAUGCCUUCGUGGAUGAUCUGGCUGCUCGGUAUUUCUCGCUCGUGGAGCGGAGGAUACAAGAGGAGAAAGGGGUCGGCGAUAACUCCCUCUUGGUCCGCGCCCUGGACCGCUUCCACCGCAGGCUUCAGGCCGUGGCCAAACUUCUGCCAGGCUCUGCUGUGCCAAACCAGGGAACUGAGAUUGUGGUGCGUGCAGCAACAGAGCGAGUCAAGCAGUACCUCUCCGCUCUGCAGAGCUUCUACAUGGACAGCUUGACAGACGUGAGGCAGGCCCUGGCGACACCUCGGCUCUCUGUGGCUGGUGCUUCUGUGGCUGGAAGUGGAGCCCUUUUAGGGGGGGCGACCAGCGGCAGAGAUGCUCCCACCAGCCUCCCAGAGCUGCUCUCCUCCCUGUCUGCCUCUAUUCUCAAUCAGAUUAAGUCAGUGUUGGCAUCAGUGCAUCUCUUCACAGCUAAGGACAUUACAUUCUCCAACAAACCGUACUUUAAGGGUGAAUUCUGCAGCCAGGGUGUACGUGAGAGCUUGGUGGUGAGCUUCAUAAAGUUUGUGUGCCAGUCUUCUCGCCAGUUUUGCGAGAGUGCGGGAGACAAGGGAGGUUCCACUCCUCCGGCCCUGCUGUUGCUGCUGUCUCGCCUCUGCUUGGACUAUGAAACCUCUACUAUCUCCUACAUACUCACUCUCACAGAUGAACAGUUCCUUGUGCAGCACCACAACCCUGUAACACCCGUCACAACUUUAUGUGCAGAAGCCAGGGAGGCGGCACAGAAACUACUGAACCAUUACGUCAAGGUUCAGGGCCUGAUUAUCUCCCAGAUGCUGAGAAAAAGCGUAGAAACACGAGACUGGGUCAACACCAUUGAACCACGAAAUGUCCGUGCUGUGAUGAAGAGAGUAGUAGAGGACACCACCUCCAUUGAUGUGCAGGUGGGUCUUUUGUAUGAAGAAGGUGUGAGGAAAGCACACAGCAGUGACUCCAGUAAAAGGACUUUCUCUGUCUACAGCAGCUCGAGGCAGCAGGCCCGCUACGCUGCCAGCUACACACCAAGUGCUCCCAUGGAUACUAAUCUACUGAGCAACAUACACAAGCUGUUUUCUGAGAGGAUUGACAUCUUCAGCUCAGUGGAGUUCAACAAGGUGUCCGUCAUGACAGGAAUCAUCAAAAUCAGCUUAAAGACGUUCCUGGAGUGUGUCCGACUGCGCACUUUUGGCCGUUACGGGCUGCAGCAGAUCCAGGUUGACUGUCACUACCUGCAGAUGUACCUGUGGCGGUUCGUCUCCGAUGAGAACCUUGUACACUUCCUGCUGGAUGAGAUAGUGGGGAGCUCUGCCCACCGCUGCCUGGAUCCUGCCCCGAUGGAGCAGAGUGUGAUCGAAGUAAUCUGUGAACGAGGUUGAAGGUUCAAAGUGCAGCAGGGCAGAUAGUCCGCUCAAAACACUGUGUCACAAAGAAGACAGAAUUACAGGAUAUAAUGGUUUAUCAAACACUGGAAUUGUUCUGUUACUCAUUUACUAUUAAUUGUUAAAUUUAUUGAUUCUUUAUCGAUCUAUCUACAUGGUCUAAAAUAAUACUGUAAAAACAUUGUUGGAGAUCUCAAUACUUCCGUCACAAGUCAGCUGAACCCCAAUCAUUAAAGUGUGAGGCAUAGUGAUAGCACUUUUACUAUUGUAAAAAUAUAAAUGACUGUUCUGACACUAAAAACAACAGAAUCACUCGACUGUUUUGUUGUCAAGAAGAAUGUCAGAUUGAUUGACUGACAGUGAAUUAAAGUGAACAUCUACAUUACAUUCCAGGUACUUUCUACACAAACUCCACAUGAGCUUCUACUACUUGGGUUUGAUAUUAUAGUUGUCAUUUACAAACCAUGAAAUAUUUAUUCUCUGAAGUCAUUGUGGAUAAUCUCACAGACCCUUAAGAAGGCAACAGAAGGUGUCAAAAGCAAGAAGAAACUCAUCUAUCUACUAAGAUACAUGUACUUAACUUUUUUAGUUCAUGUUCCCCUUAAAGGAAAGGUGUUCAAUGUGAGUACUAAAUAUAAUAGAAUAUGAAUUACUGGUGAGUGUCCUGGAAUUCUCGUGUAUUAAUAAAUCCAUUUGCUGAAUCUGCUAUCUGAAUGUCAUCUGAUUAUGUAAUCUAUUUCUAACACUACAGCAGACUUACUGCAUAUAAUGUAGUUGCCUUCAAUCUUAAUUGAUUCUCUGUCUUCUGCUUUGUCUUGCACAGAUAAACUGUAUGUUUAGGAAUGGUUUAAAUGUAUAUGUCUGCAAUAAAAGUGUAUGAAUGCAAGAA